GAGCAUGUCUUUCAGCAUGAAGCUUGUUUAUAUAUUGCAAGGUUCAUGAGCUGAUGAAGGUGCAUAUCUCCUGGGCUUAGUUGUUGGGUAGUUCAAACACAAGGGAAGUGCAUGUGCCUGUUUGGUUGAAAAAGGAGAAGAACCCAGAAUACAGGACUGGCUGUCAUACAACAAAAAGGAUUGUAACGGGCAUUUAAGCCGCAUCUUAAUGUGGAACCUAGGAUCCUGGCAUAGGAUAGCAAUGUAAACAGUACAUUGUCUUUAGGAAAAUAAGGUAGACAAUAAGAAUCCCAUUUGCCAACUACUUCUUUGCAAGGAUCACUCCGUUUUGAAAUCAUCGAAAAGGAAUGUCUGCAUGACUCAUAAAAAGAAGAGGUAAAGUUGUCCACAGAUUUCAUCUACCUCAGAACGAGAUGGGCACAGGUAAAUAAUGCGACUUUGCGAAGGCUGUACGUAUAUCGUAUAGAUCGUUGUGUUCAUACAAGCGCGGCUUAUUGACGAGAUUUUCUGUCCUGCAACUGCUACACAAGGUUCAUCCUUUACAGGGCAUUAUGGCAUUUCACUUGGCAAUGAAACAAAGUUUUUGUUAACUUUGGCCCUAGCACGCCGUGAGCUUAUCCAUUUUUCUAGAAACAAGAUAGGAUAAGAAAGAAGGAAUAGGCCAAAACCCCAUCAAUGUGAACUGAAGAAGUUCAAGUGCUAAAAAAAGUUGAAAGGGGAACAACAACACCUCAUGAACUGUUAUUACUUUGUCACAUGCCUCUAAUUGUCCUUGGAAUGACAGCGUAAUGUUGGGGUGGAAUAUAAAAGUCUCCUAGCUGGAGUCCAUCUCUCUCUCUCUCUCUCUGUCUCUCUCUCACGCACACAGGCUCCAGAAAGAGGCAUGUCAAUUCCACUGCAAUGGAUUCUGAUAGCUGCCCUCUUCUUGGCAACAGUUCCACACAAAUCAGAGAGCCUCUCCUGAUCUCUAUUUCUCUGCUUCUUGAUGACAAUGCGCUUAGCUGGGGAGUUCGAGCAAUGGUGCGUGGCCGACGAGCAGACCCCGGACGUCGAACUCCAGGCAGCUCUGGACUGGGCAUGUGGAAGAGGAGGGGCUGAUUGCACUCCAAUCCAGGUGAACCAGCCUUGCUAUCUCCCCAACACCGUGAGGGCUCACGCUUCCUAUGCCUUCAACAGCUACUACCAGAAGUUCAAGAACACCGGCGGAUCUUGCUACUUCCGCGGUGCCGCCAUGACCACGGAGCUCGAUCCCAGUCAUGGUUCUUGCCACUACGACUACAUUCCAUGAUUCAAGAGGCAUGCAGAUCAAUGGGCCGAGGUAGGAUGUUCCGGGUCCAGGUUUAUUUGGAGGAAAAAUAAAACCAGAGAGCUUCGUUAUUGUUCAAGUUCAUUUUCUUUUCGCCAUGUAAUGGACGAUUUCUCCUCGGAAGUACGACAUUCUCGGCUGAGUUAAACUA